GCACCCCACUGCGCACGUUAGUUGUCUUCACAAUCAUUAUGUGCAAACCAUGCAUUUAAGUCACGCUCGCUGCCCCCUCUGCUUAACCUACGCACCCUCCUUCUUCCCACUCUAUAUUAUCACUGACCACUGCAUUUAAUGAAUCUGCAAAUUGAAGUUUUAACCUAUAAAUACACCAUUCUGUAUCAAUAGCUGAUCCGUGAAUCAAUGCAAUUACGCUCACUGUACCAAUAAAGUUUCAAUGAAUCGAGGUGACGCCGAUUGGAGAUCAAUUAAGAGAGAAUAAAGAUUUAUUAAGAAUAGGGUUUAGUUGUGUAUAUUAAUUAUAUAGUGUACUGAGAAUCUCUUUAUGUCAUUUUUUGAACAAAGCUUUAAAAUCAUCGCCCAAUCGAUCUCCGAUCGGGUGAAGUAUCCCAGUUUGAAUCCCACAUUUUCUGUCUAUAAAACGCCGUCGUUUCAGAGAUCGGAGAUUUUCAUGUGAAAUGAGCUGAUUUUGUUGGUGGGUUUGAUUGGUAGUGAGGAUGAAUCCACUUUGCUGCAUUGCUCCGGUGUCGAUCGAAAAAGAUCGAGCUGUAGUGAAGCCGCAAACCCUCAGUCCAGAGCUAGGGUUUGAUAAUAAGAACGUGAAUGAUGCUAAUGAUAAUGCGAUUUUGAGGCCUGUGUGUUUUCACUCUCGGAGGAGUUUCUCAGCUGGAAAUGAUGUUUCGUCGUCAAAUGCGACGGACUUGCGCCUGUCCGAGAAGGAAAAAUGUGAGGAAAGUAAUGAAGUCGGGGAUUCGAAGAGUGUGGUUGGGGUUUUGUACAAGUGGGUGAAUUACGGGAAGGGGUGGAGGGCGAGGUGGUUUGUGUUGGAAGAUGGGGUUCUGUCGUAUUAUAAGGUGCACGGUCCGGACAAGAUCGUGAUGAGUCCCGGGAGAGACAAGGGAGCGAGGGUGAUUGGGGAGGAGAGCUGGAGAUAUAUGAGGAAAGCUGGUAGCGGUAAUGGGAGCGGCCAUGGUUACCGCGGUAACGGAUUCAGUUCAGAGAGACAGUGGAAGCCGUUUGGGAAAAUACACUUGAAGGUUUCUUCAGUUCGAGCCAGCAAGUCAGAUGACAAAAGGCUUUCAAUAUUCACAGGAACAAAAACUCUCCAUUUGCGUUGUCAAUUCAAAGAGGACAGAGCUGCAUGGAUUGAAGCCCUUCUAGUUGCCAAGGACAAAUUCCCUAGAGUAUUGACAAGCAACGACUUUGAACCUUCUGAAGAAUUUGUUGUUUCUACAGAGAAGCUACGAUCACGAUUAAUACAGGAAGGCUUGAGUGAGACUGUAAUAAAAGAUUGUGAGUCUAUAAUGCUCUCUGAACUUGGCGAGAUGCAGAAUCAGUUGAAGGCUCUUCAACUGAAACAUAUUUUGCUGAUGGACACCUUAAGGCAAUUAGAGACCGAUAAAAUUGAGUUGGAAACAACUGUAGUUGACGAAACUAAGGGAAGAGAUUCAUGCUGUGGACAAGGGAAUAGAAGAUAUAGCGAUUUUUAUUCAGUUAUGUCAGAGGGCAGUGCAAGUGAGUCAGAUGCAGAUAAUGAAAGCCGAUACGGAGUCGAUGUUGAAACGGACGAAGAGGAUGGAACCUUUUUUGACACAAAUGACUUUUUGUCUGCAGAGUCUUUGAGAAGUGCUUCCUAUAAAAGUAGAGAAAAUAAUGGCUAUCCUUCCAGACCUUGGACUUCUGAUAAUGAAUACUUUUCUGACCGUGCAAGAGAAUUUAGAACAGAAAUAAAGGAAAUUCAAUAUCCAUACAUAAAAAGAAGAGAUAGCUUACCAGAGCCAAAGGAGAAAGACAAGCCAGUAGGCCUAUGGUCCAUAAUUAAGGAUAAUAUUGGCAAGGAUUUGUCUGGUGUUUGCCUUCCUGUUUACUUCAAUGAGCCUCUAUCCUCAUUGCAGAAAUGCUUUGAAGAUUUGGAAUAUUCGUAUCUAGUUGACCGAGCAUUGGAAUGGGGAAAGCAGGUCAGCUACUCAGCCAUGUUUCUUUUGUGGCAAUGAAGUUUCUUAAUAACC